GGACCUUCCUGAAUCUCCGUGUAAGUGACCAUGGCCGGUCGGAUUCCCUCCUUCUGUCCUGGGAUGAGCCAGAGGGGUGUGCUGAGGAAUAUUUGCUCGCCCUCUCGUCCCUGGGGUCGGGCACGCUGCUGCAGAAUGGAUCUGCUGGACCAAACAUCACCAGCUUCUGGUUCCACGGGCUGACCCCUGGCAUGCACUACAAGAUUGAGGUGUCAGCCACGCUUGCCUGCAUGGAGACCACCAGCCAGACAGUCACAGCACAGACAAGUCCUUCACCCAUCCGCAACCUGAGCCUGAGCAGCAGCGGGAGCUCCGCUGUGCUGCACGCCUCCUGGGCGCAUGCGCACGGGCAGCGAGAUGGCUACCACCUUGCCCUCUACCACAGUGACUCCCAGACGCUCGUGAGAAAUGUGUCCGUCCUGCCAAACACCUCCACAUUCCUGUUUGACGGGUUGCUGGCUGGCAGCGAGUACGCCUUGAAGGUCAGCACACUGUCUGGAUCCAGCCAGGCAAGCACCAGUAUCCACCAGUGGACAGCUCCCUCCGUCCCCACCCAGCUGAGGCUCAGACCAGGCUCCAGCACCAGCCUCAUCGCUUCCUGGGCGGACGCUGGGGGGGCUGCCUGGCUGCACCUUGUGCUCCACAACCUCCUCACCCAGACGGUGACCACCACCCUGUCAGCCAGGAGGGGUCUGACCAGUUACACCUUCCAGCAUCUCCGCCCUGGCACGCACUACUGGCUGGGGCUGAGCGCCGUGGCUGGGCCCUACACAGCGGCGGGGCCGAAUGCCACUGCUUGGACAUAUCCCCUGAGCCCUGGCAAUGUGACCCUGAGCAGCGCAGAGGAGCAGAGCUCCUUGCAGGCUUGCUGGAGCACCCCGGCAGGAGAGAGGGACUUCUACCUGGUGACGCUGCAGGAGGGAGAGGACAGUGCUCCAACGAGGAACAUCUCCGUCAGCGGAGACAACGGUCAUGUCACCUUCCACGGACUGAGCCCCGGGAAGCAGUACUCUGUCCAGGUGACGGCGGUGGCUGGGCCGUACCAGGCAUCAGCCCACAGCACAGCAGCCUGGACACAGCCACUUGCACCAUCCGCCGUGAGUCUGUCCAGCCAGGGGAGCCCCUACAGCCUACUGGCCAGCUGGGAGGAGGCAAUGGGAGAGGGCUACGUGGUGGCCCUCAGCCCUGUGGAGCACCCCGUGAAGAACAGCUCGCUGCUCAGGGGUGUCACCAACUUCACCUACGAGGGCCUCCGCCCUGGGACUGUCUACACCUUUGAGGUCAGCACCGUGGCUGGCCCCUACACCUCCACACCCCGGCGCGUCUCCAACUGGACAUAUCCUCUGCCCCCGGAGCAGCUGGCCCUCAGCAAUCAGGGCCACAGCACCUCUCUGCAAGCCUCCUGGAGAGCAGCUCCUGCUGGCAGCACUGGCUAUGCAUGCACCCUCUGGGAAACGAAGUCCCAGAAGCAGGUCAGGAACAUAACUGUGGGGAACAACUGGACAAACAUCACCUUUGAGGACCUCGUCCCCGGGCGACAGUAUACACUGGAGAUGGCUUCUAUGGCUGGACCUUACAGAUCCCGUGUGCGAUCAGCCACAGACUGGACCUACCCCCUGGCGCCAGCCGGUGUGACCCUGACCAACACCCGACGCCCGCUGGGACUCUCUGCGUUCUGGGACAAGGCUGAUGGCGACGUGGACCAGUUCCACCUCCAGCUCUACAGCAAGAGCCAUCCAGCACAGAGGAACAUCUCAGUGGGGCCAAACACCCACAACUUCACGUUCCUGGGGUUGUCCCCUGGCGUGCAGUACUUCCUGAAGGUGACCGUCCUCGCUGGCCCAUACAGAUCCUCGUCACACUUUGCCACUGAGUGGACAUAUCCCCUGUCUCUGGCUAAUGUGAGUGUACAGCCUGGCCAGAGACCCCAGGAGCUACGUGUGAGCUGGGUGGAGUCAGGCGGUGGCAGAGACCACUUGGUACAGCUCUCGGUGGCUGAGUCCCUGUCCAUCAUCAGGAAUGUGUCUGUCCCCCGUGGAGUCACCCAGCUUGACCUGGAGGGGCUGGUGCCAGGGUCCCGAUACCGUGUGGAGAUCAUUUCUCAGGCUGGGCCUCAUCGCACCUCCUCUCAGACUGCCAUCGGCUACACUGUCCCGCUGACGGCAUGCCCUGUCAGCAGUGCUUGGGCUCUGGCUGUGCAGUGGGAGACCCCUCCUGGGCAGAGGGAUGGAUACCAGCUCAGCGUGCACGAGGAGGGCUCUUCUUCACCAGCAAGGAACCUGGAAUCAGGGAAGGACAGCACCAAUGUCACCCUGGCACGGCUGGCACCGGGAACUUGCUACCUUGUUGGGAUCUGGGCAGUAGCUGGACCCUACCGCUCCCUCCCCAAGAACAUGUGCACAAGGAACCUGGAAUCAGGGAAGGACAGCACCAAUGUCACCCUGGCACGGCUGGCACCGGGAACUUGCUACCUUGUUGGGAUCUGGGCAGUAGCUGGACCCUACCGCUCCCUCCCCAAGAACAUCACUGGCUGCACAGUUCCUGCUGCACCGACAAACCUGAGCCUUACCAACCCAGGCAGCUCCUCAGAGCUUUACACGUGCUGGAACAAGCCCCCCGGCAGGAGGGACCACUACCGUGUUAUUCUGUAUAGCCUCAGCACCCGGAGCAGGGAGCGAGUCCAGACCGUGAGUCCGGAUGCACAGAACGUCACCUGGACCCACCUGGAGGCAGGCAGCAGGUUUGCUGUGCAGGUCACUGCUGUGAAAGGCUCAUUCGAAGCUUCCUCCACCAACAUCACCGAAUGGACAUACCCCUUGGCCCCUGCCAACCUCACCCUGGGCAGCCCCUCUGCCUCCAUGCUGCAGGCCUCCUGGGCAGCGAUGGGGCGAGUGGCGGAAGGCUACGUGGUGGAUGUCUAUGACACAGCCUCCAGCAGUCGUCUUGAGAGCAUGGUGCUGGGUGGGGAUGCCAGGAGCCACACCUUCAGAAACCUGAGCCCCGGCACCCACUACAACCCAGCCGGCCCCUUCCACACCAGCGCCCCCAACAUCACUCACUGCACACUUCAAGAGGCUGUACUGGUGCAGCCAGAUCCUGCCUUCCUCACCCACCCUCGCAAGCGCCUGGUGCUCGUGCCCUGCUGUCCAUUGCCACCGACCGCCGUGCACUGGCUGAGCACAGGGCACCCCGACAUGCUGAGCGCAUCCUGGAGAGCUGCAGCGGGGGGGCGAGACAGAUACACCCUGACUCUGUACCAUGUGUGGCUGGGCACCGUGGCAGCUACAGUCUCACUCAGGAGAGACAUCCACAACUUCACCUUCAUGGGCCUGACCCCAGGAUACGAGUACUCCCUGGAGGCCAGUGCCACGGUGGGACCAUACCGGGCAGCAGCACCCAACAUCAGUGGCUGGACACGCCCGCUGCCCCCGGCCACCGUGCGCUUGCUGAGCAUGGGGCACUCCGACAGGCUGAGCGCGUCCUGGGGAGCUGCAGCUGGAGGGCGAGACAGCUACGCACUGACUCUGUACCACGCGCGGCUGGGCAUGGUGGCAGCUACAACCUCACUUGGGAGAGACACCCACAACUUCACCUUCACGGAACUGGCCCCAGGAAGCAAGUAUGUGCUGGAGGUGAUGUCCGUGGCGGGGUCCUACCAGGCACCUGCAGGGAACGUCAGCAACUGGACGUACCCCCUGGCACCCCGUAACGUGUACAUGACGAACCAGGGGUAUCCCAACAGGCUGAGCACGUCCUGGCGAGCUGAACCCCAAGGACAAGACAGUUACAGGCUCCUCCUGUAUCACUCGGGAUCAGUUAUUGUGGCAGCCAAUGUGUCUGUUGGGAAAGGCACCAGCAAAUUCACCUUUUCUGGCCUGGCUCCAGGUCACAAAUACCUGCUGGAAGUGGUGUCCGUGGCAGGGCCCUACGCUGCCUCCGCAGGGAACAUCAGCGACUGGACAACCCCUUCAGUUCCCAAAAAUCUCUCUGCGGUGGCUGAAGGGAACAACACGAUGCUCAUCUCCUGGAGCAGUGUCUCUGGACAGCAGGACGACUGCCAGCUGUGGCUGCGGGAUCCCAGGAACAGCACGCUACCCUGGCGGCACACGCUUCUCAGGGGGCAACUCCAGCACCUCCUCCAGGGGCUGAUCCCAGGGAGGAAUUACUCCGUCUCUUUGAGCUGCGUGGCUGGGCCCUACUGGAGCAGCACCAAGCCCUUGGCAGUGCCGAUGGAGCCAAACCCGGUGGAGGAUGUGCAGUGCCUACCGGAGUCAAGGAGCCUUUACUUGAACUGGACCAGCUCUCGUGGAGAUGUGGAGGCUUAUGAGGUGGUGACAGAGAGACUCUCUGACAGACCUCCCACCUCCAAGUAUGUCAUGAGCACCCAUACAAGCGCUGCCAGUCUGGAGGGGCUGGGGCCAAACUCAUCAUACCGAAUUGUCGUGAGCACAGUGGGCAUGAACAACAUGAGGAGCCAGGCUGUGACUCUGCUCUGCAACACAACAGUGGAGGCCCUGCCUCCACCCCUGCGAGCAGACAUCUUCCAGGUGGAGGCCAGCUCCACAGUCAUCAUUUCAUCUGACCUGUUCAGUGAGGAGAAUGGCCAGAUCGAGUAUUACGGUGUCAUCGCUACCACUAACGAUUCAUUGCUGAGGCCCACCCAGGAAAUCAUGUCCAGCACAUGGUAUGACCACUAUUAUGGGACAGAAGACUCCUACCUGGCUGUGCUAAUCCCCAAUCCCUUCCAUCCGAGCCCCAGGAGCUCCCCCGAAACCUGGCGAGUGCCAGUGGGAACAGAGGAGUGCGGCCAGUCCAGGGCAACAUGCAACGGGAAGCUGAAAGCCAACGAACAGUACAGGUUCAGCAUUGCUGCCUUCACCAAAUAUGACCCAGUAGCCCCUGCAGUGACAUUCACCAUGUUCUCAGCUAUUUUUGGUUUGGUCUACUGGAAACAGCUCAGAGCAAAGAGAACCAAGAAGAGCAGCCUGCCCCAGGAAAUGGUGACCUACAGCUUGAGAAACGUCCAUCGGCCUAUUCCCAUACAGAACUUCAAGCAGUACUAUGAGAUGAAGACAGCAAGUGCUAACCACGCUUUUUUCCAGGAGUUUGAGGAGCUGAAGGAAGUUGGGAAAGAGCAGCCUAAGGUGGAGGCAGAGCUACCGGUGAAUGUCUCCAAGAACAGAUAUCCCCACGUGCUGCCCUAUGAUCACUCUCGGGUCAAGCUGAGCCAACUAGGGGAGGAUCCACACUCAGAAUAUAUCAAUGCCAACUUCAUGCCUGGCUAUACAUCCCAGCAGGAGUUCAUUGUCACCCAGGGGCCCCUGAAGAAAACGAUAGAGGACUUCUGGAGGCUGGUGUGGGAGCAGAACAUCUGCAACAUCAUCAUGCUGACAGUGUGCAUGGAGAACGGUCGGGUCCUCUGUGAUCACUACUGGCCAUCCGAAUCUGCCCCGGUCUCCUAUGGGCAGGUCCGGGUCCACCUGCUGACACAGAGCAGCUCCGAGGAGUGGACCAUGCGCGAGUUCAAACUAUGGCAUGAGAGUCUCCGGGCAGAACGGCACGUGUCUCACUUGCACUACACAGCAUGGCCCGACCAUGGGAUCCCGGAGUCCACAACUUCCAUUAUGACCUUCAGAGACCUGGUCCGGGAGCACAUCCAGAGCACCAGGGAUGCGGGGCCGACCCUCGUGCACUGCAGUGCUGGGGUGGGCCGCAGCG